AUGCGCGACAACAGAAUUCAGCUGAAUAGUAAUGCGAUUGCAUUUGGUUAUCAGGCAGACAAACCUGUCGAGCGCCCAAGUGAAGCGUAUGUACGAACACUCGACCUGCCAGAAACCGAUUUGAGCGAUCGCGUUGAAUAUGAUAUGGACGAGCAAGACGACUUUUGGCUUGAAGCUUACAAUGUCCGCCGACGUCUACGUGAAGGCGAUUCCAUCUCACGAGAAAUCUUUGAAAUCACCCUCACCAAGAUUGAAAAGGAAUGGGCGGCACUUGAAAGGCGUAUCCCGAAGCCAGAAAAGAAGCGCCAAGAUGACCAUGCCUCGGAGGAUGCAAAGUGCUCCAUCUGUGAUGAUGGAGAAUGUGAAAACACCAAUGCCAUCGUUUUUUGCGACGGCUGCAACCUUGCUGUUCACCAAGAGUGCUACGGCGUUCCUUAUAUCCCAGAAGGUCAGUGGUUGUGCCGCAAAUGUUUCGCCUCACCUAUUGAUCCCGUUAGCUGCCUGUUUUGUCCUGCAAAGCAAGGUGCAUUCAAGCAAACUUCAGAUCUACACUGGGCUCAUCUCCUCUGCACGAAUUGGAUCCCUGAAGUAGCUGUAGGCAACCCUGUCUUCAUGGAACCCAUCGAGGGCGUCAACAACAUACCAAGCUCACGCUGGAAGCUCAACUGCUACAUCUGCAAGCUCAAAGUGGGUGCAUGCAUUCAGUGUAGCCACAAAGCCUGCUAUGCUUCCUUCCACGUUACUUGUGCCCGUCGCGCAAAGUUGUUCCUUCAACACAACCCA